AAUUCUUCCUAAGCUUUUUCUAGAUGAGAUUUAUUUAUACUCUAUUAAAUUAUCUUAGCCUUUUCAAAUACCCCUGAUAAUGGCAGCAAAGAAGCCUGUCAUCGGCCUACUUGGGGGCGGCCAGCUUGGCCGCAUGUUAUGUGAGGCAGCCGGGCCUUUAGGAAUACCAAUCGCUAUAUUGGAUGCUGAAAAUUGCCCGGCGAAACAGGUCAACCAGAGCGAUCUUCAUGUUACGGGCUCUUUCAAAGAUCCAGAGAAGAUCAAACUCUUAGCUACUCGUUGCGAUUUCCUGACAGUGGAGAUUGAACAUGUAGAAACCGAGGUGUUGGAGGAGAUAGCAACGAAAGGAGUGGAAAUACCAAAUCCAGACGGAGAAGGAACUAUUUUAAAGAAGGUUCCCGUUCACCCGUCAUGGAAGACGAUACGUCUCAUCCAGGACAAGUAUCAACAAAAAGAAUAUUUCGCAAAGAACGGAAUUCCCGUUACCGAACAGAUGGCUAUAGAGUCUGGGGAAACCAAACAGGAUUCUCUUGAUGAAGCUGCUUGGAAAUAUGGCUUCCCCUUUAUGUUAAAGGGUAGCAAAGGAUCAUACGAUGGUCGUGGAAACUUCAAGGUUAGCGGUCCUGAAGACUUGAAGAAUGUCUCAGCUCAAAUGGGGGACCAAGCCCUAUACGCGGAAAAAUGGGUGCCCUUCGAGAUGGAACUGUCUGUUAUGGUAUUACGAACGGAGGACGACAAUGGAAAGCUUAAGCAUGUCUACCCGUAUCCUGUUGUUGAAACUAUACAUGAGGACAGUAUAUGUACUAAGGUCUUCUACCCGCCACGGAGUAUACCCGAAGACGUCAAAAGGCGGGCGCAGAAGGUUGCUAGUGAUGUUAUAGCGAGCCUCUGGGGUCGCGGUGUCUUCGCUGUUGAAAUGUUUUUACUUGCAGAUGGCCAAAUUCUCGUCAACGAGGUUGCUCCUCGUCCACACAACUCUGGCCAUUUCACAAUUGAGGCCGUUCCCCAAAUGUCACAGUAUAAAGCCCAACUAUACUCCAUACUGGAUCGUGUCCCCGACAAAGGCGUUAAUCUAACGGCGCGAGUACCUUCUUCAAUCAUGUUAAAUGUCCUCGGCGGAGCUCAGCCGUCAUCUCAUGAUAAAUACAUUGAUCUGGCUGAAGAGGCAUAUGACGACUUUACAGACAUAUAUGUACAUCUAUACGGGAAAGAGUCAAAGCCAGGACGAAAGAUUGGUCAUAUCACUGCUACCGGCUUCUCGUCAGUAGAACGUCUAGCUGAGACGAUAAGCCCUCUCAUUAAAGUCAUGGAUGAGAUUCGAGCUGAGCGCAUUGGUUCGAAAGAUCCUAUCAAGACUCAAACGACAGUAUCGAAACCUGUCCCUCUGGUGGCUGUUACGAUGGGCUCUGAUUCGGAUUUGACAACCGUGGCAGCUGGCUUAAAAAUGUUAGACGCAUUCAAGGUGCCUUACGAAGUCCGCAUAACGUCGGCACACCGGACGCCACAUCUUAUGAUGAAGUUCGCGGCAGAAAUGGCUAAAUCGGGUUGCAAAGUUAUAAUUGCGGCAGCAGGUGGCGCUGCUCAUCUGCCGGGCAUGCUUGCAUCAGAAGUGCAUAUUCCCGUGAUCGGCAUUCCAGUGAAGGCUUCCGUGUUAGACGGCGUCGACAGCUUGCAUUCAAUUGUACAGAUGCCCAGGGGCAUCCCGUGCGCCACAGUUGGGAUCGGCAACUCGACUAACGCAGCGCUUCUCGCGAUCCGUAUCCUGGGCGGCGCAUAUCCCGAGUAUGCGGAGCGUAUGAAGCGCUACCAGGAGAGUAUGAAGAAUGAGGUUCUGGCUAAGGACGAGAGGAUAUCGUCUGUAGGUUGGAAGGCGUAUCUCGACGACAUGCAGAAGAAAUGAGCAGCGAACUUUUUAGAAGGAUGUAGAAUUGAUGAUUUGUGACUACACUUGUGAGACAUGAUCCGCGGAUGCCGACUUCGAGGAGAGAUUAUCCCUCUAUGUUGUGAAACUCUGUGAUAGGUACAGGC